AUGUCUACUAAAGAACAAUUGGCAAUUGCUUUGCGUUGUGUAGACAAAUUUAGACAUGUGAAUGAGCACUUUUUAGGCAUUACACAUGUUAAUAAUACAGCAGCAGUGACACUAAAGAUUGCAAUUAAGGAAAUAUUUAAUAAACAUAGCUUAAGCAUUAGUAGAUUGCGGGGACAAGGCUACAACGGGGCAAGCAACAUGCAAGGUGAGUUAAAUGGACUAAAAACUCUUAUUUUGAAAGAUAAUCUGUCUGCCUAUUAUGUCCAUUGCUUUGCACAUCAGCUUCAACUAACAUUAGUUGCAGUAGCAAAAAAUCACAUCCAGAUUGCAACCUUUUUUAACUUGGUUGCAAAGGUAUUCAAUAUUGUUGGAACAUCAUGCAAACGUCAUGAUAUUCUUCAUGAAAAACGUAGUGCUAAAGUUAUAGAAGCACUAAAAAAUAAUGAAAUUUCAACUGGUCGUGGCUUGAAACUAGAAAUGAGUCUAAAAAGACCUGGAGAUACACGUUGGAGUUCUCAUUAUGGUGCACUUGUUAAUCUUAUUCACAUGUUUUCUUUUGUAAUUGAUGUGAUUGAAACUAUUAUAGAAGAUGGUUUAGAUUCUGAUCAAAGGGCAGAAGCAAAUAUCUUAAUUGGUUUACUCCAAACAUUUGAAUUCGUGUUUAGUUUACAUUUGAUGAAAGGUGUGCUUAGCAUAAGUAAUGAAUUGUCACAGGCAUUACAACAAAAAGAUCAAGAUAUUAUGAAUGCUCUGAAGUUGGUUGAUAUUUCAAAGCAACGUUUACAAGUCAUGAGAGAUGAUGGGUGGAACUCUUUGCUAGAGGAGGUUUUUGCAUUUUGUGCAAAAAAUAAUAUUGAUGUCCCUGAUAUGGAUGAUUUAUAUCAACCUUGGCCAUGA